CGUAAAGAUUAGCAAUAGUAAAUUCUCAGCGGUGUCAUAAAGUUCAGAGUUCAGACCCGGCCAAGCAUUUAAGCAAGCACUACUCUCUCUCUCUGUGGAAAAGCAAGGAGGAAGUGCGGACAUGAAGUAAAGUAAGAAAAAGGAGGAGGCAGUACUAGAGAGAAGCAGGAAUUCACUUUCCACAAUGCUUAGAUUUCUCCUGCCAUGGAUGCUCAUACUCUGCUCAGCUUUUACUUCGGGUUCAGCGCGCCGAGCACCAUUUGCUAUGCGUAUAAGCUGCGGGGCUCGUCAAAAUGUUCAAACAAGACCCACCAGUACCCUCUGGUAUAAGGACUUUGGAUAUACAGGCGGCAAACCUGGCAAUGCAUCUCGUCCUAAUUACGUUAGUCCUCCUCUUAGAACUCUCCGCUACUUCCCCUUGUCUGAAGGCCCUUCAAAUUGUUACAACAUUCAUAGAGUGCCAAAAGGGCACUACUCACUCAGGAUCUUCUUUGGAAUUGCUGUAACAUCUAGAGCUACCAGUGAACCACUGUUUGAUAUCUCAAUUGAUGGUACCCAAAUACAGUCUUUAAAAUCAGGCUGGACAAGUCAGGUUGAUCAAGUCUUUGCUGAAGCCCUUCUUUUUCUUAUGGAUGGAACUGUCUCUAUAUGUUUCCAUAGCACAGGUCAUGGUGACCCAGCAAUACUAUCAAUUGAGAUUCUUCAAAUUGAUGAUAAAGCCUAUUAUUUUGGCCCACAGUGGGGUCAAGGGAUAAUACUUAGAACAGUCAAAAGACUGAGUUGUGGUUUUGGACAGUCAAAAUUUGGCAUAGAUUAUGGAGGGGAUCCUUGGGGAGGGGACAGAUUCUGGCACCACAUAAAAAGUUUUGGUCAAGAUUCAGAUAGACCUAGAUCUGUUGAAAAUAGGGUCAAACAGGCUUCACUUCCUCCAAACUUUUAUCCAGAAACUCUUUAUCGCUCAGCACUCGUUAGUACUGCUAGUCAGCCUGAAUUAACAUAUAUAAUGGAUGUGGAUCCCAACCGAAACUACUCCGUUUGGUUACAUUUUGCAGAGAUUGAUAAUUCAGUGACUAGUGCAGGGCAAAGAGUGUUUGACGUCAUGAUAAAUGGUGAUACUACCUUUGAAGAUAUAGAUAUUAUAAAAUUGAGUGGUAAUCGAUAUACUGCCCUUGUGCUUAAUACAACUGUCACUGUUAAUGGGAGGAGUUUGACAAUAGCCUUGAAGCCAAAAGAAGGUAGUCUUGCCAUCAUCAGUGCUAUUGAGAUAUUUGAGAUUAUAAUGGUCGAGUCAAAAACAUUAUCAGAGGAAGUUAGGGCUUUACAAUCAUUGAAGAAGGCAUUGGCGCUUCCCCCCAGGUUUGGGUGGAAUGGUGAUCCCUGUGUUCCUCAGCAACAUCCAUGGACCGGAGCAGAUUGUCAAUUAGACAAAAAAAGUGGAAAAUGGGUCAUUGAUGGACUAGGCCUUGACAGCCAGGGUCUGAAGGGUUUCUUGCCAAAUGACAUAUCUGGACUGCAUAACCUACAGAUCUUGAACUUGAGCGGAAACAGCAUUCGUGGGGCCAUUCCAUCCUCGCUUGGAGCAAUAGGGAAACUGCAAGUGCUGGACCUGUCCUACAACUUUUUCAAUGGAUCAAUCCCCGAAAGCCUUGGACAGUUGACAUCACUGCAGAGACUGAAUCUUAAUGGCAAUUUGCUGUCCGGAAGGGUCCCUGCAACACUAGGAGGAAGACUUCUGCACAGAGCUAGCUUCAAUUUCACUGAUAAUGCUGGCCUGUGCGGUAUCCCUGGAUUACGUACGUGCGGAUCUCACCUUUCUGUCGCUGCUAUAAUUGGCAUCGGACUAGGCGCUUCUUUAGCAUUUCUAAUUCUUGUAACCUGUUCAGUUUGCUGGUGGAAAAGGCGGCAAAAUAUCCUCCGAACUCAGCAAAUUGCAGCAAGGGCUGCACCAUAUGCAAAAGCAAGGACCCAGUCAUCCCGUGACAUCCAGAUGAACAGGCAUACUAGUUAUGGCAAUGCCCGCAACGCUGCUGACACUGGCCCUAUCUUGCUUUCUUCAUAACAAUGCCCAUCAAGUCCUAUUCUUUCUCUGCCUUCAGUUGCUAUAUCACUCUGAGCAAUCUCCCUCUCAUUUUGGUGGGCUUGGAUGGCACAUAAUCUGGUCUUUUGGUGUAGCUGUCGUCCAUUCUGUGUUUCUACUGCAAAUUGGACCGCUUCUACAAGCUUUGUAAAUCCGAAAAUGCUGUACAUUGCUGUACUCCCUUUCGCUGUUUCUUAGACGUUUAAAGCUUUUUUUUUUUUUUAAUUUGGGGCGGGGGGUGUCUAAUGUUCGAUAAUUAAACUUUAGCAGAUGAAUAAACCUGAAGAUGCUGUAUCACUUUACUGAUUAAUUGAAAAUAGAAUUCCUAUGUUCCUCA